CCUCACUGACGCAACUGGAGAUCGAUCGACUCCAUAUUACACUUUGGUUGAGUCUGUGUAUACACAAAAGCCUCUUGCUUUGUCGCAGAGGCCUCCAGCAACAUGCCCAUCAACCAACCAUCAAAUCAAAUCAAAUUUACCAAUGUAUCAGUCGUCAGGCUAAAAAAGGGUAAAAAGCGCUUCGAGCUCGCCUGCUACAAAAACAAACUCCUCGAAUAUCGCUCCGGAGCAGAGAAGGACCUCGACAAUGUUCUCCAAGUCCCCACGAUCUUCCUGUCCGUUUCUAAAGCGCAAACAGCCCCAUCCGCCGAGUUAACAAAGGCCUUCGGCGCCGACACACCUGCAGAUGAGAUCCGGCAAGAAAUUCUACGAAAGGGUGAAGUGCAGGUUGGCGAGCGCGAGCGGAAGGAAAUCAUCGAGCGAGUGGAGAAGGAAGUGUUGGAUAUUGUAUCAGGACGGCUGGUUGACCCUACGACGAAACGAGUCUAUACCCCCGGAAUGAUCUCCAAGGCCUUGGACCAGCUGAGCUCGGCUAGUGGUCAACAAUCGCAAACGCCCGGCAAUGGCGAGACGGAUGGGGAUAACAGCGAGGAGAGCCGCCCGCGGAAACCGCUCUGGACGGGUGUGACUGCCAACAAGUCCGCGAAGAGUCAAGCGCUUGAGGCCAUGAAGGCGCUUAUUGCAUGGCAGCCUAUUCCUGUGAUGCGGGCGCGGAUGCGUCUCCGCGUUACCUGUCCUGUGUCGUUGUUGAAGCAAAGUGUCAAGGGUGGUGCGGCCGGCGGUGCUGGCGCGGGUGGUAAGGAGAAGGAGGCGCCAUCCAAGGGCGGCUCCAAGUCCAACAAGAAGGGUGGAAAGGGGUCCAAGAAGGCCCGUCAGCAGGAAUCCGAGGAUGAGGCGGGUGGAUCUGACGCAGAGUCCGCGCCUGCCAAGGGCCCGAGCAAUGUUAAGGAUAAGAUCCUGAGCUACAUCGAAUCUAUCGAGGCUCAGGAGGUCGUCGGCGGAGACGAGUGGGAAGUCAUUGGCUUUGCGGAGCCGGGAGCUUUCAAGGGACUGAAUGAGUUCGUGGGUAACGAGACCCGGGGCAGAGGACGCGUGGAGGUGCUGGAUAUGACGGUGACCCAUGAAGAGUAAGCUCGGCCGGGAUGCAUCUGGCGCAACCAUGUACAGCCUGCUAUGAUUGAUGACUAGGAAGGAUACCAAAAUUAUGCCAUAC